AUGCUGAAGCGCAUCGUCACGGGGAAAGACCAAGCCGCGCCCGCCGGUACCUCCUACAGCAACACCCGCGGCGUCGCCAGCAGCGGUUCCAGAGCACUAACUGUUCACACAACUUCGGUUGUGGGUGCCGUCGCUAGCGCCGCCACAGAUGUCACCAAGUCACACCUGCUUCCCUCCACGAUCACGACGGUUUUCAAGCGCAAUGGUGAUGCGCUCCGUGGCGCUAGGCCGGCCAUCAUGAUGGCCACGGCGACGGAGACGCUGCCGGCGCCGGUACCGUCGGUGUUGAGCCUGAGCUCCUCGACGCCUGCUGAGCCUUUCGCCGCGGUGUGCAAGACGACGGACAACACCUCCACCGAUGUAAUCCCGCUGCUGCUGCCGUCGUCGGAGACAAAGUCGACGGCUCCCCCUUUCCGUGGAAGGUCCACCUCUCCACCGGCACGCGGCGGGCGCCCGCCGUCCCAGCGUCGGUCGCCGCGAUCGCCCUCCCGCUCCCCAUCUCCACAACGCUCAGGUACAGCCGUGCGCGCGGCAGCGGUGGAUGCUUCUUCUUGGUCCGCUGCUUCUCGGCCGGCCGCCUCGAGGCUGGGAGGCCAUUUUUGCUCUGCUGCCGCGGUGAAGGAUGGGCAGGCUACCCCCGUCACCCAUCUACGAGAGGUCACCGUCAUCAUCGUCUCGACCGUAGCUUCUUCCGAAGAAGCCCUGGACGGUUUGGGCAAGCCUCCGCUCACCCCGGCAUCUCCCGUGCCUUAUCCUGCCGCCGCCAUCUCCGCGGUCUUGAGCUCCAACAACGUGUCCUUCUUCUGA